AUGGAGAAGUCCUUCAUUGAAUUGAAUGGGGUGAGACAGACAAGUUUGGAAAUGGCCGGAUUAGUAGGAGGAAGGGGUAGCCCUGACUUCCAUAGGUCCUUGGUUCGACCUCCUAAUAAGAAUGGAGGUCCUUGCAUGGGUGUCUCCUCCCUAAGACUUGCUUGCUCUAUAUGGAGUGCCCUGUGGUUCCUCGAGUGCCAGCUGCAGAGAGGAAUGCCAUCAACUAGGGUGUUAUUGGCCACCAACCACUUGCUCAUCUGCCGCUCAGGCUCCAGGUUUCAAGUUCGUUAUCCUAACCGCCUUCUCUGCUCCACCGUGAGCCUGGCCCCUUAUUCUAUCUUAUUUACUGCCUUGCUCCUCAGCUCCAUACUGCUCCAGCCGCUUACUAUAAUACCUUGCUUCUCGAGUGGCUCACACCUUGGGUGGUGCAGCUGA